CCCGCCGCUCCGUGACGGGAAAAUGAGGAGGCGGAAGUGCAUAAGAGAAAAAAACAGAAGCGUGGACGAAAAACCGCAUCCCUGCCGGAUAAAUGAGCCAAAAAAGCGCAUGACAGAGCGAGCCCCCCGCUGUGCGCCAUCUUUCUGCAGGUGUCGCAUGGGUUCUCCCUCCUCCUCCUCCUCUUCCUCACUCCCACGCCUCCAUUGUGGUCGACGCCUCAGCAGAAGCGACAAUCAGAGGGACGUCGCCUCCUCGUACGGACGGGUAUUGGCUAAUAUCGUAUUCCAGACAUGAAAGUUUAUAAAGAAGUCAUCAGAUAUGAAUCUGCUCCGCUGUCAGCUAGACAUCAUGACCGAGGGACGACCGAGCCGAUCAGCUUUUUCUUCUCAAACCUGGAGGAACUGCUUUCAUGGAAACCGACCAGCCAAGACAUGUUUAAUAUCGCCGUGACCCCUCUGGCAAAACGAUAUCCACCUAUCGGUAGCCAGAGGCCGAGGACUCUCGUCUGCCAUGACAUGAUGGGAGGGUAUCUGGAUGACAGGUUUAUUCAGGGCACUGACGCUAAGGAGCCGUAUGUUUUCUACCAUUGGCAGUACAUUGAUAUUUUUGUCUACUUCAGUCAUCGGAUGUUCACCCUUCCUCCUGUGUGUUGGACAAAUGCUGCUCACAAACACGGCGUUUCUGUCUUGGGUACGUUUAUCACAGAAUGGGAAGAUGGCGGUAAAGUUUGUGAAUCGUUUCUGGCUGGCGAUGAGGCCACAUAUAAAGCAGUCGCAGAUCAGAUGGUGUCACUCGCACGUUUCUACAGGUUCGAUGGAUGGUUGAUUAACAUUGAGAAUGUGCUCAGUCCUGCUGCAGUAGCCCAGGUGCCCUUGUUCCUCUCCUAUUUAACAGAGAAGCUGCACUCACAAGUUCCAGGCGGCCUGGUCCUCUGGUAUGACAGCGUGCUCCACAGUGGGGAGCUGAAGUGGCAGAACGAACUCAAUGACGAAAACAGACAGUUUUUCGCUGCAUGUGAUGGAAUUUUCACAAACUACAACUGGAAGGAAGAACACCUGCAGCGCAUGACCGCAGAGCCGCGCAGGACAGAUAUUUAUGUUGGCGUGGAUAUCUUCGCCCGGGGAGACGUUGUAGGAGGAAAGUUUGAAACUUUUAAGUCAUUGGAGAUGAUCCGGCAGUAUGGCUUCUCCGCGGCGUUGUUUGCUCCAGGAUGGGUGUACGAAUGCUUCAAUAGGGAACAAUUCCUUGAGAACCAACACAGGUUCUGGUCCCUCUUGGAGAAUCGCCUCUACAAUCACAGCCUCAGGACACUCCCUAUCUGCUCCUCUUUCUGUCUUGGCCGUGGGAAAAAGCGAUUUUCGUAUGGACAGGCAGAAGAAAUCGGUCCUUGGUUUAACCUGAGCGCUCAGGAGUUACAGCCCAUCUUUUCGGAUGUAGCUGUUGAUGAAGGUGCCAGUUAUGUCAGGUCUCGGAUCUGCCCACAAGAUGCCUGGCAUGGAGGCAACUCCCUCCUCAUUGAAGGAACACUGUCAGGAGAAACCAAUGCAGUGUCUUUGAGGUUGUUCUCUCUACAUGUUCCCACUCCGGAUAAACUCCUGCUGUCCAUGGUGUACAAGCUGGAGGGUGAUCCCAAUGUUUCGGUGUCACUGGAGCUCUCCACACAAGAUGCUCCUCUUUGCAGUGUGGAAAGUGUUGCUGAAAUAACUGCAGGGGCACUGAGUGAGACACAUACUCUGGAAGCCCUAUCAGAACCUCCUGCGCUUCUUACGACUCCUGAACAGGACAAAUCACCUGAAUGGUUAAAACGGUUUUAUGAGGUGCAGCUUAGUGGAUGCCUGCUGACCAGUUUAUCUGUACAUUUUGCAAAAAACAAGCACGACGGAGAAGAUGAGAACUUUGUGUGCCGCGUUGGAGAAAUCAGGAUUCUGGACGCUUCUCUACCUCGACUACCUCCUGCCCAGCCUUCUGACCUCACCUUGUCUCAUAUACAUUGGCGAAGAGACCAGCAAAGCAAUCAGUUGUUUGUCAGCUUAACCCUUCACUGGAGCCAUCCCAUGGACAACAUUCGGCACUUUCGCAUAUACUGCCGUGGCGUUACCUGUCAUCGUGCCCCAGAGUCUCAGCCUCAUCUCCUUGGGUUGGCGCAUGCUUGCAUUUACCGUGUGGUUGAUGUAGCCAUACCAGAUCCAUGUCCCCCAGCUCCUGGCAAGCUGGAGUUUACAGUUCAGCCAGUUCAUAAGGAUACUGUUGAAAUCUUGCCUCCUGUAUGGGGCCAUCUGGCCUUGGAGUUUGUGGAGCAGACACACACUGAAGUGUGACACCGAUCGUACGUUUUCAGCACAGGAACAAGUUACCUGGGAUUAUUACUGUUUUUUAUAAUAUGUACCAGUGAAUUUAGCCUUCCAAAACUAUGAACAGGAAAUUCAGUCCUGCGCUAUAUACUACAAAUACUGUAUACAUCAUUGUAUGUUACUUAUUAAGAAAAGGGCUCUUGUCGGCCAUGUUUAACCUUAUUUUUCAGAUCAUUUCUAUAGCAUUUACUGCUAGAUUAUACCCAUUAAUGCAUCAGGCUCUUUUAUAAAUGCUGACAUACUAUGUGCUGUUACUACCUCUUGGGGUAGGACAUUCCAUAGUUUGACAGCUGUAACUGUAAAGAAUCCUUUCCUGUAGUGAUGUCUAUAUUGACUUUCCUCCAGACAUUUUUUUUUUAUUUAUAUAUUUUUUCCAAUCCCUCAUUAUGGGAGAGGUCUCCCAUCCCGUCUAUUACCGUAGUCGCCCACCUUUGAACUCGCUCUAGGUACCUUUUUUUUAAAAUCUGUUUUACCAUGUACAGCCCCAAAUAUUUUUGGUCACAUGGCCUAUGUGCAACUCGGUCCCAUUCAAGUAAAAUGGGCCUAGGCUGCAAUACCAAGCACAGCCACUAUACAAUGUACGGCGCUGUGAGGAGGCCGCAGCACUUGGCUGCUUCGAACAGCUGAUCGCUGGUCGUGCCGAAUCUGCACUGAUCUGAAAUUUUUGAUCAAUCCUAAGAAUUGAUCAUCAAUAUUUUACUGUUGGUUCAAAAUUGUUUGCCGUAUUCUUGCCCAUGUGUUUGCUCAUUUUAAACCACACAUGAUCAUAAAUUGUCCAUUCUCCAACGGUCAUGUGCAUGUAGCCUAACUUUUGUAAAGGUAAAAAAAAAAAAAAAAAAAAAUCAUGAACAUUAUACACUUUCCUAGGCGAUGAUUUCCGUUAUAGGGAGAAACAAUAUUUGGUCACAAUAAUUUCACGUGGUUGAAAAUCAUUUCUAACACAGGUUCACCUUUUGGCGUAAAUCUAUUUUACAGCACCUCUUAUGUAUAUCUGUAACUUUGUAAUUACUCGCUGUUACUUUUACUGGUUCUAGUUCAAAGCAUGUAUUAUAGUCCAGAGCUGUAAUCCUAGUUUUGGUCAUGGUGGAACCAGAAAUCAUGGGCCAUGUAUCUCAAGUCGUUUACACCAGUUGCCAGAGCGAGCGGCACGGCUGAAAUGAAACCUAUGAUAAUGUGCAAUGUUUUAGCGGUAAAAUGGCCACUUUAUGCAUCACCAAGUGACGAGAAAAGUGAACGUGGUUGGAAGUAUUAACUAGAAUAAGUGGAAAUUAUGCAAAAUGAUAGGUUUAAUUUCGUAUAUCUACAUUUAAACAAAAAAAACAUAAAAUCCUGCAGUUUUCGCACUGGCUAUGAAGGCCCGCUUUACCCCUCUGCAUUGUGAACUCCAGCUCUGUAAUCGAGACACUAUAUGGCGGCUUUCAGCACGACAAAAAAUGCUACAUGCAACAUUCUUGUCCGACCCAAAGUCAGCAUAUAUGCCGGAAAGCAGCCGGAUUACCCCCAGAUCCCAUAACAGUGAAUGGUGGUAUCCCGCUGUGCCGGACACUGAACUCCAGCAGUCUGUUCCUCUGCCGGAACAGAAUGCCAGAGUUUACACGUCAGUUAUUUCCAUCAGCUUUUGUGAGCCAAAACCAGGAGUGGAGGUUACACAGAGAUAAGGGAAAGAUCGGCACCUGUUGUGUGUGUUUUUGACCCGCAGCUGGUUUUGGCUCAUAAUCUCUGAUCUAAAUAACUGACGUUUGAACAAGGCCUUAGCCUAAUAAUAGGAGCUACUUCUUGCUCUGUACAGAGCACUUUACUGCAGUUAUCUGCUUAUGUCAUUCUAAUCCUGCCUGUAAUGAUACCACUUCUGUGUAGAGAUAAGACCUGAUCCACCAUUCACAACAGGCGAUAUCACAGCUUGUCUUCUCCCUCCUCACCUCUGUACAGGUCACAGAGAAUGCCUAAAAAAACUCUACCAUUAAAGUCAAUGAGGUCCCCUGCUUUCUAAAUGCUGUUAAGAGCAGCCCAGGCAGGAUGGCCAUCAUGUUCAGGACAUAGAAUAAAAAAAAAAUGUAACUAGAAAAUAAAAAACAAUUUCGAAGAAAAGGAAAUGUCGCUAUCUGGCGUAACUGGCAGAUGACAUUUUUGGUGAAACAUUUCCGUUAAAGAAAUAGUUUAAUGCACGUACACAAAGUGACUCCUGAAUGUCGAUCAGGCCACACGUCUAGUUUUGGCCAACAAUGGCCCAAAAAAUUGUUACAGGGCAGACCAUUUUUUUUGUAUGUUAUCGGUCAUGCAGAUAAUUUUAAAACCAUGGUCAGAUGAAGUUUUAUCUCUUUUGUGUAAAUGUGUACUAGCGUUUCUAUGCCAUGUAUGGAUAAUGAAGAAAUUCAUAUUGUUGGCUGAUUGAUAGGAGUCUGGUUACCCCCUCAUACUUUUCUUUUUUGUGAAGACUAAACUAGCAACCUCAUUCGCUCUAAACCUCACGUUUUAUACUAUUUUAUUCAACUUGUAUAAAAGGGAAAGAGAGAAUUUCCUGUUUUUUGAAAAUAAUUUUUGUUUCCUUCUGUGUAAAGUACAAGUGACUGGUUCAUUUGUAUGGUGUACACAGCCAGUUUAGUGAUAAACUGUAGAUGAAAUAUUACUGUUUUAUAUGGAAUUGUGCAAUGUGCUAUUUCUGAUGUAACCAACUUACAAUAAAUAUUUUGCAAUGAAA